AUGGCGACAAGAAGACGAUACAGCCAGUCCUCCACUGCCCACAUUUGUAUCAGUUCUUUCAAAAUGUGGCAUCUGGUGAGCUUCUUGGUGUUUGUGGCUUCCUGGGAUUCACUUGGUGGACACGCCAACUCAGUGUUCUCUAGCAGCAAGAAAGCCAACCAAGUCUUGAGGAUUCAGAAACGAGCUAAUUCGUUCCUGGAAGAGAUUAAACCUGGCAACCUGGAGCGGGAAUGCCAUGAGGAGAUAUGUGACCUGGAAGAAGUCCGGGAGAUUUUUCCAACUAGGGAAGAAACAUUAGCUUACUGGUCAAAAUAUAUGGAUGGAGACCUGUGUGAGCCCCAUCCCUGCAAUAAUGGGACCUGUAUUGACGGUAUUGGUAGCUUUCAGUGCAUCUGCAAUAAAGGCUGGGAAGGACGCCUUUGUGAGCAUGUUGUGAAGUAUACCAAUUGCUCCUUAAACAAUGGUGGCUGUGCUCACUAUUGCAUUGAGGACCUCAAGAAUCAGCAACGUUAUUGCAUGUGUGCUUCUGGAUACGAGGAGGAUGACAACCCUAUGGUGUGCAAACCUAUUGCAAAUUUUCCAUGUGGGAAACCAAAGGUGAGUUACCCAAUGCCAAAUUCUGAAGGAUUACAAAUCCGAAUCUUAGGAGGGAGACCAGCAAACAAAGGGGACAGCCCAUGGCAGGUGAUACUGUUGGACUCCAGGGAAAAAUUAAAGUGUGGAGGUGUCCUUAUUCAUUCUUCUUGGGUGCUAACUGCAGCCCACUGUGUGGAACAUCCAAAAUACCUUACAGUAAGACUUGGUGAAUACAACAUGCGGCGGUUUGAGAAUUCAGAGAUGGAUUUUAGGAUACAGGAAACUAUUGUGCACCCAAACUACACCAAAAGUACCUCGGACAAUGACAUUGCACUGCUCUACCUGAACAAGCCCGUUGUCUUCUCCAAAUACAUCCUGCCCAUCUGCCUUCCCAACCAGGGACUGGCCCAUAGAGAGCUCAUGAAGGUGGGGAAGGAAAUGGUGAUAACAGGCUGGGGUCGUCAGUUUGAAGAGUCCAAGAAUCGCACCUAUAUUCUCAGGUUCAUCAAAAUCCCCCUGGCCUCUCAUACCGAAUGCUCUCAAACCAUGCAAAACAGCAUCUCAGAGAAUAUGCUCUGUGCAGGAAUCCUUGGUGACCAGCGUGAUGCUUGUGAGGGGGAUAGUGGGGGUCCUAUGAUUACAGAAUACCGGGGGACAUGGUUCCUAGUGGGCCUGGUGAGUUGGGGAGAGGGCUGUGGGCGACCAAACAACUUUGGCAUCUACACCAAAGUCAGCCAGUAUCUCAGCUGGAUGCAGGACCACAUCAAAGCAAAAGAACUUUCAUCAAAGAGUGAAUCAACACCUUAGUCCUUAGAGAAGGACUCAGUGGAGUUCAGAGCCCAAAGUGAGAUUAUGCGCCUUCCGCUGGCAUUAAACAGAGUGCAAAGCUUGCCCAUGUCCAUCCUUAUUUUUCUCUUAAUCUGAAAGCUAUUAAGCACCUACGAUGGAUGGAGAGGAGAUGCCAAUAGAAUAUGACAAGAACCUACCUCCCUUUGAACUUGUCAUCUAGCAUCUCCCUACAUACACAUCUCCAGAUAAUGCCUUUGACCUACUUCUCCCUCAUGCCUGGAAUUUUCUCCCUCCUUUCUUUAUCCUUUUGACAUUCUUGGCUUCCUUCAAGAUUCAAAUCAAAUGCCACCUGCUGUAGGGGUCCUUUCAUUCACAUGAAUCUUCCAUUUCAAAGUUUUCUUCCUCUUAUUCUGUACAUAUCUUACUGCCCCUAUUUAUUUAUAUAUUGUCACCUCUUUAGGAGCCCUCCAUUAGUAUGUAAGCUCCUUGAGGGCAGGAACUGAUUUGGGGUUUUUUUUUGCCUUUCUUUGUAGCCCAACACCCAGCACAAUGCCUGGAGGAUAUUUGUGUAAUAAUAAAUAUUUUCAAUUAAUUAACCUAAAUAAAUGCUUUAUUGAUUGAAAAUGGAA